AUGCAAAUCUUAUCCUUCUUCUUCUCUUUGAUUCUCUGUUUUGUUCUGAUUUUCUCUGAGACUAUCGAAAACGACAAGAAAGCUUUGCUUGAUUUCUUGGCGACUUUCGAUUCUUCGUCUCUUCUCCGCUGGAACCAGAGCUCUUCGGUUUGUGAUCGCUGGACCGGAGUUACCUGCAGCGGAAAGAGAGAUCGAGUUGUAUCCGUUAGAUUGCCUGGGAUUGGAUUCAACGGUACGAUUCCGCCUUUUACCAUUAGUCGUCUUUCGUCUCUCAAGGUUCUAAGCCUUAGAAAGAACCAAUUCACCGGCGAGUUCCCUUCUGAUUUCAUCAAUCUCAAGAACCUGACUCAUCUCUACCUUCAACAUAACCGCCUUUUGGGUCCAUUACCAACGAUUCUCUCGGAUUUGAAGAAUCUUAAGGUUCUUGAUCUUUCUAACAAUGGAUUCAACGGAACCAUCCCAAGUUCUCUUUCAGGUUUGACCAGCCUUAGAGUCUUGAUUCUUGCAAACAAUUCAUUAUCAGGGGAAAUUCCUGAUUUCGAUCUUCCAAACCUGAGACAAAUCGACUUGUCGAACAACAAGCUCGUCGGUACAAUACCGAAAUCUCUUCAAAGAUUCCAAGUUUCAGCCUUUUCUGGCAACAACAUAACCGAGAGGAAGAAACAACACAAGACUCCUUUCGGGUUAAGCCAGAUUGCUUUCUUACUGAUUCUCGCUGCAGCUUGCAUUUUCGGUGUUUCCGGGAUUUUCUGUAUGAUGAUCACUUGUUUCGGGAAGGCAAGAAUCUCCGGGAAGUUGCGGAAGAGAGACUCUUCUACUCCUCCAGGAAACUGGACAUCUGGAGAAGGCGGCAAGAUCAUCUUCUUCGGAGGAAGAAACCAUUCUUUUGAUUUAGAUGAUUUGCUAAGCUCAUCUGCAGAAAUUUUGGGGAAGAGUGCUUUUGGCACAACCUAUAAGGUUACCAUUGAAGACAUGAGCACGGUUGUAGUGAAACGAUUGAAGGAAGUUGUCGUGGGAAGACGUGAGUUUGAGCAACAAAUGGAGAUCAUUGGCAUGAUCAGACAUGAGAAUGUAGUUGAGCUAAUGGCUUACUACUAUUCAAAAGACGAUAAGCUCGCUGUUUAUAGCUAUUACAGUCAAGGAAACCUCUUUGAGAUGCUGCACGGAGACAGAGGAAUGGAUCAUCGAGUACCUUUAGAUUGGGAUGCUAGAUUGAGGAUAGCAACUGGGGCAGCGAGAGGUCUGGCUAAAGUCCAUGAAGCGAACAACGGGAAAUUCAUCCACGGGAACAUCAAAUCCUCAAACAUCUUCAUAGACUCAGAAUGUUAUGGCUGCAUCGGCGAUCUUGGCUUAGUAACCAUAAUGAAAUCUCUUCCACAAACAACUUGUCUUACUUCGGGUUACCACGCACCUGAAAUAACAGACACAAGACGAAGCACACAGUUUUCGGAUGUAUACAGCUUUGGGGUGGUUUUACUCGAGCUAUUGACAGGGAAAUCCCCGGUGAGUCCAACGGAUUCAGAAACAUCACCAGAGAAAAACAUGGAUUUAGCUAGCUGGAUAAGGUCUGUGGUGGUACAUGAAUGGACUGGUGAAGUUUUCGAUAUGGAGAUAUUGAGUCAAUCGGGUGGUUUCGAGGAAGAAAUGGUCGAGAUGUUGCAAAUAGGAUUGGCUUGUGUUGCAUUGAAGCAACAAGAACGACCCCAUAUAUCACAAGUUGUGAAAUUGAUUGAAGAUAUUCGAAUCAAUUGA